AUGUAACUAGACCAGAAAUUUAAGGUAAUUCAAAAGAGAAUGACUUUUAAAUCCAUGGUUUCUCAAACCCAAAUUAUGCUCAAGACGAUUUGGGAUAAUUUAUCAGAAUCAAUUAAUUAAAUAUUCGAUUGGAUUGAAAAAGUUGAUGCUGAGAAAAUUGAAUAUAUGAUGAAGAUGGAAAAAAUGAAAAAUUGGUGGGAGAUUGAAAUUAAGUCUUUUAUAGAAAAAUCGAAUGAAGGAAUUAAAUAGAUUUAGUAAUUCAUUAAGUAAAUAUUUAUCAUAAAUAAAAGUAGGGAACUAGCUCAUGAACCAAAAAAAGAUCUGCCAGAGAUUCUAGCUUAGGUGAAAAACAUUGAAAUAUCAAUAUUUAGUAGGAUUAUUGAGAUGUGUAAAAAAGAAAAGAUUUCUAAUUCUUUAGGAUUUCUUUCAGAAUACAAUACACAAAAACUCUUUGAACAAUAAAGUAAUCAAGUAAAGUAUUCAAAUGAUAGUUUAAAUUAAAUAGAAGUUAUUUCAGAGAUUCUCAAAACCAUUCAUGAACAUGAAUUUAAUAACAAGGAUUAUUUUAAAGAAUAUUAUUUAUAAACUAUAGAUCUCAUAAAAAAAAUAUUUGAUGAGCAGAAUAUCAUAAAUUUCUUAAUAUUUUUAGUUAACUUAACAGCUAUAGAUAACACAUUUAUUUAAAGUGGAUCUAUUUCACUAAACAUAUUAGUAAAGAUGAAAGUUGAUUUGUCGAAUAAAUGCUUUGAAAACAUCAAAAUUUAAAAUACCUCUUUGAUUGGUGGUAAUUUUGUCAAAUGCAAUUUGAGUAGAUCUGAAUUCAACAAUGUAGACAUAAGCGGAAUAAAUUUGAAUGGAGCUCUACUCUUUGAUUGUAAAUGGAAAAACUUGAAAAUACAAGAAUUGAAUGAAUUUAAUGGUCAUACAUGUACUGUGCGAUCUGUAUGCUUCUCACCUGAUGGAACUACUUUAGCAUCUGGUAGUGAAGAUAAGUCUAUUCGGUUAUGGGAUGUUAGGACAGGAGAACAAAAAGACAAAUUGGAUGGUCACAGCGAUUAUGUAAGAUCAGUAUGCUUCUCACCUGAUGGGACUAUCUUAGCAUCAGGUAGUGAGGAUAGGUCUAUUUAUUUAUGGAAUAUUAAGACAAGAGAAUAAAUAGUAAAAUUGGAUGGUCAUACUAACUUUGUCUAAUCUUUAUGUUUUUCACCUGAUGGAACAACCUUAGCAUCAGGAAGUUAUGAUAAGUCUAUUCGUUUGUGGGAUGUCAAAACAGGAAAAUAACAAACCAUAGAAGAUUGUCAUACUCAUUAUGUCCUAUCAGUCUGCUUCUCACCUGAUGGAAGUACCUUAGCAUCUGGAAGUUACGAUAAGUCUAUCCGUUUAUGGGAUGUUAAGACAAGAUAAGAAAAAGCAAAAUUGGAUGGUCAUAGUAAUUCAGUUUGGUCUGUUUGCUUCUCACCUGAUGGAACUUCCCUUGCAUCUGGUAGUGUUGAUAACUCUAUCCGUUUAUGGGAUGUUAAAACUGGAUAAUAAAAGGCUAAAUUGGAUGGCCAUACUAGUGGUGUUCUAUCAGUAUGCUUCGCAUGUGAUGGAACUACCUUAGCAUCAGGAAGUAGUGAUAAGACUAUUCGUUUAUGGGAUGCUAAAACAGAAUAAUAAAAAGAAAAAAUGAAAGGUCAUGGUGGUGGAGUUAAAUCAGUAUGCAUCUCACCUGAUGGAACUGUCUUAGCAUCUGGUAGUGAGGAUAAGUCUAUUUGUUUAUGGAAUAUUAAGACUGGAUAAUAAAAAUUCUAAUUGGAUGGCCAUAAAAGUGAUGUCCUAUCAGUCUGUUUCUCAUCAGAUGGAAGCACCUUAGCAUCUGGAAGUUAUGAUAAGUCUAUUCGUUUAUGGGAUAUUAAUACUGGAUAAUAAAAGGCUAAAUUGGAUGGCCAUACUAGUGGUGUUCUAUCAGUAUGCUUCGCAUGUGAUGGAACUACCUUAGCAUCAGGAAGUUAAGAUAAAUCUAUCUGUUUAUGGGAUGCUAAAACUGGAUUAUAAAAAGUCAAAUUGGAUGGUCAUAAUAGUAGUGUCCUAUCAAUAUGCUUCUCACCUGAUGGAACUACACUAGCAUCUGGAAGUUACGAUAAUUCUAUCCGUUUAUGGGAUGCUAACUCUGGAUAAUAAAAAGCUAAAUUGGAGGGCCAUACUAAUGGUGUUCUAUCGGUAUGCUUUUCACUCGAUGGAACUACACUAGCAUCUGGAAGUUAUGAUAAGUCUAUCCGUUUAUGGGAUAUUAAUACUGGAUAAUAAAAGGCUUAAUUGGAUGGUCAUACUGGUGGCGUUCUAUCAGUAUGCUUCUCACCUGAUGGAGCAAACUUAGCAUCUGGUAGUUACGAUAAGUCUAUCCGUUUAUGGGAUGCCAAGAAAGGGUAAUAGAAAACUAAUUUAGAUGGUCAUACUCAUUAAGUCCAAUCAGUAUGCUUCUCGCCUGAUGGAAUGAUAUUAGCAUCUGGAAGUUAAGAUAAGUCUAUCCGUUUAUGGAAUGCUAAGACAGAUUUAAAAAUAGAACCCUAGAAUAAGUUUUAUGAAGAUGUUCUAAAAUCAUUUUAAAGUUCUGUAAUUUAAAAUAAUCCUCUUUAAGAUGAUGGUAUUUAUUUAAAUUAAUUUUAGUUUAACCAAAUUAUUUUAUUCUUUUGAUAUCUUAAGAGAUAAUACUACAAGCGCAGAGAACUAUAAUUUUAAAUGGAGAAUUUGUUAAUUAUUAAGGUAUAGAUUUACGAUCAUUAUUAAAAUGUAAAGGGAGUAUUUUUUUUGAAUCUUAACAGAUAAAUUAAUGA